UAGGUACACAGGUACACAGCUGGAUAUUUAUUUUGCUAGAUUUCAAUUUGUGACCGUUAACAAGCAGUCGAUCUAGGUUCGCAUGACGGAGGAACAUUCCAUGCUAUCCCAUACAGUAUGACUUUCUUGCCUUAUUUGUUUUGUGCAUGUUGGUCCGUUGUGCUAACUUAGAAUCAUGCAUUUUUAUCAGCAUGGUAUCUGUUUAAAUUCAUUAAUUUCCUACUGAGCUAUGUACAAUCCCCAUGUGUCAUAUUGCCUGUCUUGAUUUUGGCAAAGAAAGUCAUGACAAAGAAACUUGAAUUUGAUUGGCACAUCAAAGUGCCUGAUGUACUCAUCAAUGGCUGUGAGUUUGAUAAAUGGACGGAAGAAGAAGGCUUGGAACAAAACUGCCUCUUCAAAGUUGAUGAAUAUGGUUUUUUUAUCUACUGGAAAAAAGAAGGAAGGGAUGGCGAUGUCCUGGAAUUGUGUCAAGUGAGCGAUAUUCGAAAGGGAGGGAUUUCAAAGGACUCAAAGCUCUACACUCAGAUGCAAGCCAAUUAUGGAGACAGUACUUUUGAAGAUAGAGUUCUUACAAUUUGUAGUGGGAGAGACUAUGUCAACAUUAACUAUCACCAUGUGGUGUGUCCAGAUAGUAAAAUAGCUGAGGAGUGGCAGAAUGGCCUAAGGAAGAUAACUCACAACAACAAAAUGAACAACGUCUGUGUUUCAACCAACCUCAUGAAACAUUGGAUGCAGUUGUGUAUGAAAACGGAUCCUUUGGGAAAAGUUCCCGUGAACAGAGUAGUCAAAACAUUUGCAUCUGGUCGAAGGGAUACAAGAGAUGUAAUCAAGUAUCUUGAUGAUCUAGAACUGCGUAAUAAAACUGAGAAGGGAAAGAAUGAUUUCAUUGAGCCAAAAGAUUUUACUUUUGAAAAGUUUUACACUCUCUACCACAAAAUUUGUCCUAGAACGGAUGAUAUAGGAGACCUCUUCAAUGCCAUAACAGAAGAUGGAGAGUUUAUUAAUGUCGCACAGUUUGUUAAGUUUUUAAAUGAGAAACAAAGAGACCCCAGAUUGAAUGAAGUUCUGUAUCCUAUGUACAAUGAAGCACGAGCAAUGCAAAUAAUCAGCACUUAUGAACAGGAUGAGAAAAAUAAGAAAGCAAAAAUGCUCUCCAAAGAUGGGUUUACAAGAUACUUGAUGUCGGAUGAAAAUGCACCUGUGUUUCUUGAUCGUCUAGACGUAUAUAUGAAUAUGGAUCAGCCAUUGGCUCAUUAUUACAUCAAUUCAUCCCACAAUACUUACUUAACAGGACGGCAGUUCUAUGGGAAGUCAAGUGUCGAAAUGUAUAGGCAAAUUUUACUUGCAGGUUGUAGGUGCAUUGAAUUGGAUCUUUGGAAUGGAGAAAAUGGUGGAGAACCAAUCAUAACACAUGGGAAAGCAAUGUGCACAGCUAUUCCUUUCAGGGAGGCCAUUCAUGCCAUCAAGGAUACUGCUUUUGAAACAUCUGAAUACCCUGUAAUCCUUUCCUUUGAAAACCAUUGCCGAAUAUCUCAGCAGUAUAUUGUGGCAAAAUGUUGUGAUGAUGUCUUUGGUGAUCUACUUCUGAAAGAACCAUUGAAAGAUUUUCCAAUACUACCUGGUGCAAUAUUACCGUCGCCCAAUGCAUUAAAAAAUAAAAUAUUAAUUAAAAACAAAAGGCUUGAUCCCGAAAAGGAAAAGGAAGGAUUAGAAAAGUUUAAAGCUGGAAAACUUAAUGAUGAUGAUGGUGAGAAAGAAGAUUCUGAUGCUUCAGCUCCAACUGUCAUAUCAUUGGACAAAAAGCGAAAAAUUUUAGUGGAAAGCAAAAGAUUGGAGAAAAAUUCGGGUCAAGAUGAUUUAGAUUUAUACAUGAAAGGUGAAUUAAUGUUAAUUGAAGGGGAUAAAGAUGACGUUUCUGUGCCUUUAAGCACUUCCAUUGACAAGAAGGUCCCUGAUGUACUUGAGGGUGUACCAAUCCCAACACAUUAUACUGGCUCAACCACGCGUGUUCACCCCUGGCUAUCCUCCAUGGUUAAUUAUGCCCAACCUGUAAAAUUUCAAGGAUUUGAUGUUGCAGAAAAAAAUAAUUUUCACUACAAUAUGUCAUCUUUUAAUGAAACAAAUGGGCUCUCUUACCUUAAAUCCCAAGCUAUUGAGUUUGUUCAGUACAAUAAACGUCAAAUGAGCAGGAUAUAUCCACGGGGUACAAGGCUUGAGUCAACUAACUUUUUACCUCAGGUGUUUUGGAAUGCUGGAUGUCAAAUGGUGGCGUUAAACUUUCAAACUCCUGAUUUAGCUAUGCAGCUAAAUCAAGGCAAAUUUGAGUAUAACGGAAAUUGUGGAUAUUUAUUAAAGCCUGAUUUCAUGAGGAGAGAAGAUAAAGUUUUUGACCCCUUUGCUGAAACUACUGUUGAUGGAGUUAUUGCAGCUCAGUGUUCUGUACAGGUCAUCUCAGGACAAUUUUUAUCAGACAAAAAAGUUGGUACUUAUGUAGAGGUUGAUAUGUAUGGCUUACCUACCGAUACUAUUCGCAAAGAGUUCAGAACUCGCAUGGUUCCAUCAAACGGCUUGAAUCCAUGCUAUAAUGAAAGUCCAUUUUUCUUUAGAAAGGUUGUCCUUCCUGAUUUGGCUGUGUUGCGAUUUGGUGUUUUUGAUGAAACAGGAAAAAUGUUGGGACAGAGAAUCCUACCGUUAGAUGGUUUACAAACAGGAUAUCGACACAUUGCCCUGAGAACAGAGGCCAAUUUUCCUAUGUCUUUACCCAUGCUAUUCUGUGACAUUCAGCUUAAAAUAUAUGUUCCUACUGGCUAUGAGGACAUAAUGUAUGCUCUGUCGAAUCCUUUAAAGUAUCGGUCAGAACGUGAGAAACACUCUAAAAUGAUUCAGCAAAUGGGAGUUGACGAAGAUGAUGAGGAAGGAAAUAAAAAUGGCUACACUGAUGAAAUAGCUGCAUCAGGAAAUACAAUGAAAAAAGGAAGCAAGUCUGGAAGUAAGGAUGAAGCUGGAGUACCUUCAAGCAGUACAAGAGAAAUAGGAAAGCUAGUCAGUCGCAACAGCUCUGCUAUCGUGACAAGUGCGGUUGCUCUCUUGGACAAAAGUGACAUUAACGAUGAGCCCAUUAAAUUAGCCUCUCUUGAAAAGGAGAAGAGCUUCAGUAAACUUCUGAAAAAGCAUCAAAAAGAGCAAGACAGCUUACAACGAAAGCAGUAUAAAGAAUUGCAGUCUGUGCAGAAAACUCAGUGCUUGGCUGUAGAAAAAAUUACCAAAGGCAAAAGCUAUAAGACGAAAGAUGAGCUGAGUUCAGACCCUGCUAUCCGUGAUCUCAUUGUUGAGCAAAUCAAGCAAUGGACAGAGAUAAAAGAAAAGCAUCGAUCUGCUAUGUGGGAACUUAAAAAGCAUCAACUCCUACAACAACAGGAUGUCCUGAAGGACUUACUUGAAUCAGCACAGUGUGCCAAAGUUAAGCAGCAAGAAGCACAGCGUGAACGAGAAAUCAAACAAUUGAAUCAAAAACAGGCAAAGAUAUCAGUUGAGACAACAAGAGAAGUCAACAAUGAUAAAACUCUUAAGAGUAAAACAGAAAAAGAUAGUAUUUUACGUGAAAAGAAACAAACUAAUAUGAAGAAGUUUAUGGAAGACCAUCGGCAACUUGAAACAAUUUUGAAGAAGAGAAAAGAGGACCUUCAAGUUGAGCUUCAAAGAGAAAAGCAAUCUGUGAUGAAAGAGAUUGAAGAGCGUGCUGAAGCACACAGGAGAGAGCAAAUUGAGUGUCAACUUACUCCAAAGAAGGAGUUUUUUGCUUGAUACAGAUACACCACUACAGUGAACUUAUUUUAUGCCUUUCUGCGUCCUUGUUCAAAGCAAUUGUUUUCUUUGCAGCGUCUUUAAAUGUUUUGAGCUGAUUGAUGUUACAGUUUUAUCACAUUAUGAAAUGUAUUUCUAUUAAGAGCUGUGCUCAUAUAGUAUUUCAGUAACAACAUUGGCGUGUCUAUAAGAUAUGAGCAUUUCUAGAAUAGUUUUACUAUGUAUGACUGCUGCUAUGCUAUAAUCAACUCGUUGAGACUCUGACUCUUGAACCUCUUAGGGGUUAAAGGCAUGUGAAUGUGCUUAUUGUGCCCAGUUUAUUCUAGAGUCUAGAACAGAAGUUUAUUCCUCUUAACUGUGGGCCAAAUCUGUGAGAAUUUCCGCAUGAUGUUGUUCACAGGUUGUGCACAGGUGCACAGGUCAAAUUGUUGAUAUUUGUUUUGUGCUUCCUUAAUGCUACUAAGAGAUGCAUCACAUCCAUUUUGAUAUUUCUUUAAAAGUCUCCUGGUCUGCGUGGAUUUUAGAAACACUGCGUGUGUUGGAUUGAUGAAUAUCCUGGUUCACAAUAUUGCCUGCACACCAGGCACGAAGAAGUAAUUGGUUCAGUAAGUAGUUAGCCCUUGAGUUUACCUAAUACAUCUCCCCUGUCUACUGUGUGUACCAAUCUUACAUUUUAGGCAGGAGUUUUAAAUUAAUUAGUGCUGUGGUUUAUUCAUCUAGGGUAUCAUUGUCUUUCAGACAUUGAUUCAUUGUUACACAAAAAUCUGGCUGUAGGGAAUUCAAUUAUUUAAUGAACACUGUUACUUUUGUUAGUUUUGUGUUUUGUUUUUUGAAUGUCUUGUUUUGAAUGUAUUCUUUUGUAGAUAUUUUUGUUCUUGAUUUAGUAUGUACCGUUAAUGUCCAAUGAUUUGUGAUUUUUAAUUUGGGACACUUUAUUUUCUAAAGAAAUUGGUAUGCAGAUCACAUAACAACUAUUGACUCAUCUCAAGACAUUUCAGUGACAAUAAACACGAACUGAUUAUCUGACACUAAAAUUGUUAAAGUCUUUGUGGUCCAUUAAAAGUUAUCAUCAGCCAUGCUAGUCACUGAGGGCUGUAAGAACUGAGUAGAUCUUUUCAAAAAAGGAACUUGUACUAGUUUAAAAGUAACCAUAAGCUUUUAAAUUAUCUAACUUUUAAAUAUGAAACAUUAAAUUUACUGUUAAAUUGAGAGGAACUGUAUAGCCCAUAGUAAAUAUUUUUUGAUUAAUUAUAGAUUGAGGAGGGACUCCAAAGAAACGCGUGCUCACUUUGCCUCCUAAAGUGCUUUUCUUUGCUUUAUUAGGCAAAUUAUUCUCCUAUUGAAGAGUAGUAGAUUGAAUGUUCGUACAGGUCUAUCAAGACCUAAAUCACAAGAGUUGGUGACAUGCAAGUGAAGUAGUAACAUUCAACAACCCUGAGAUUGUGAAUAAUUUUCUGACAACCUGUAUUUCAUGCGUGAAGAAAGUUGUGAUGUGUACACUAUACUGUUGUUAGGUAUUUGGAAUUCCUUUUGCAUUUGUGACCUAGUGCAAGAGUGUGUUUUUUGUUUGUUUGUUUUUUUAACAAGGAGGUAGUGAGAUUCAGUUUUAUAAAGCUGAUUGAGUUUUACAUAUGCAUUACAGUUUUAUAUUCUCCUAUUCAUGCUUAUGUUGUGAUAUUACUUACUUAUAACAAAUACCCGUGUAUUGGUUCUCUGAAAAUCUUAUGUUGUUUGAACAGCUAUGGUAAAAGUUCAAUAGACUUAAGGACUGUUAUAUUGAUAUUCUGUCGAUUGAGAACUGUUAAAAUAAAUAUGUAUCGAUAUGUAUGCUAAUUGCGCUGAGGCAAUCCAAUUCAUCCUGUUUGUGUUUUUUGUAUUUUAAGAUCAACUUAAAGCUUAUUGCCCGUCAUUUGCAUGACUUUGUGCUAGUCAAUAAUUAAAAGAUAAGCGUUCUGAAUGCAGCUGUUUAUAUUUGAAAAGUGUGCCAUCAUCUGUAUGUUUGCCAAGUCUUACAUCCUUGUUUUAUCACAGGUAAAUGUUACACAAAGUUCAAACUGUUUCUAUUCAAGCUGAUAAUUAGAAAAUGAAAUUAAAUUUACGAAAUUGCAUAAUA